CGAUCUUGCGUCCCUCUUCAAGUGAAGCUCAUGGCUUCUGGUUAAAGUUGGAUCUUUUCAAUUUAAUUUUUUUUUAAAAUAUUUUGGUUAUAUGUAAAGUUGAAAUUUUUAUUCUCAAAGUGAACCAAACAUAAUGUCUUCUGCACUAUUUUGCAACUAAAUGCAGAUGCCAGCUUCUAUAUUGUGAACCAAACUUCAGGGUGAUUGUUACUAGCUUUUCAAUAGGAAACUCCAACCAUGAUUGGAGUCUGGCUUGUGGUGUUAAUAGUUCUCUCCAAUAGUUUCUCUUCAACUGGGGUUGGCAUGGAUAAUUCCACAAAACCUGCUUUUGUAAAUAUUGGGGUUCUCUACUCUUUCAAUACCAGUGUUGGUAGAAUUGUGAAAAUUGCUGUAGAAGCUGCUGUUGAAGAUGUAAAUUCUGAUCCAUCUAUUCUGGGUAAAACUAAGUUGAAGGUCUCACUGCAAGAAGAUUCCAAAUACAGAGGUUUUUUAAGCAUUUCUGAGGCCUUGCAGCUCAUGGCAACACAAACUGUGGCCAUAAUUGGCCCUCAGACAUCUACAACAGCUCAUGUCAUAUCUCAUAUUGCAAACGAGCUCCAAGUUCCUUUGCUAUCAUUUUCAGCCACUGACCCUACCCUUUCUUCACUCCAAUUCCCAUUCUUUGUUAGAACUGCCUUUAGUGACAUAUAUCAAAUGACUGCAAUAGCAGACCUUGUUAACUAUUAUGGGUGGAGAGAUGUUAUUGCAGUCUAUGGUGAUGAUGAUCAUGGGAGGAAUGGAAUUGGUGCAUUAGGGGAUAAGCUUGCUGAGAGACGUUGCAAGAUCUCAUUUAAAGCAGCUAUGAGUCCUGAAGCAACUAGAGAGGAGAUUACUAAUGUGCUUGUUCAGGUGGCCCUUGCAGAGUCCCGGGUUUUAGUUCUUCACACAAGUACUGCUUGGGGUCCCAAAGUGUUAAAUGUGGCAAAGUCUCUUGGGAUGAUGGAAAAUGGGUAUGUCUGGAUUGCCACUAAUUUUCUGUCUACUCGGUUAGACAUAGAUAAUCCACUCUCUUCAGAUGCAAUGGAUGACAUUCAAGGAGUUAUUACACUGCGUAUGUACAUACCUGAUUCAAAGCCCAAAAAAUGGUUUGUUUCUAGGUGGAAAAACUUGACUAGUGGAAAGACUGCUAAUGGUUCCCUUGGUUUGAGUACUUAUGCUAUCUAUGCAUAUGAUACUGUUUAUGUGCUUGCUCGUGCUCUUGAUAGCUUUUUCAAACAAGGGAACCAGAUCACAUUUUCUUAUGAUUCAAGAAUAUCUAAACUACAUGGGGACAACAUGCAUCUUGAUGCUGUGAAAAUCUUCAAUGAAGGAAACUUGUUGCGUAAAAGUAUUUAUGAGGUUAACAUGACUGGUGUAUCAGGUCCUUUCAAGUAUACAUCAGAUGGAAACCUUGUUAAUCCUGCAUAUGAAAUCAUCAAUGUAAUUGGAUCAGGGACUCGGAGGAUCGGUUAUUGGUCUAAUUACUCUGGAUUAUCAGUUGUUCCUCCAGAAGCACUUUAUUCAAACCCACGAAAUCGUUCCAGUGCUAGUAAGAAACUACUCACUGUGUUUUGGCCAGGAGACACAACUCAGAAGCCUCGUGGUUGGGUUUUUCCAAGCAAUGGAAGGCUGUUAAAAAUUGGAGUACCAAAAAGGGUUAGUUAUCGCGAAUUUGUGUCGCAAGUACAAGGCACUGACAUGUUCAAGGGAUUCUGCAUUGAUGUGUUUCUUUCUGCUGUAAACUUGUUGCCCUAUGCUGUCCCCUACAAAUUUAUUCCAUAUGGGGAUGGUCACAGCAAUCCUAGUAACACUGAGCUUGUUCGUCUGAUCACAGCGGGUGUCUUUGAUGCUGUAGUAGGUGACAUUACAAUAACUACAGAGAGAACAAGGAUGGUGGAUUUUACUCAGCCAUAUAUUGAGUCUGGUCUAGUGGUAGUAGCAUCAGUUAAGAAGAUGGAAUCCAAUGCUUGGGCAUUUUUGAUGCCAUUUACACCAAUGAUGUGGACCGUAACAGCUACUUUUUUCCUACUAGUGGGUGCUGUUGUUUGGAUUUUAGAGCAUAGGCUGAAUGAUGAUUUUAGGGGACCUCCUAAAAAACAAGUAGUCACAGUUUUGUGGUUUAGUCUUUCAACUAUGUUCUUUGCUCACAGAGAAAAUACAGUUAGCACUCUUGGUCGCUUAGUGCUGCUUAUAUGGUUAUUUGUAGUUCUCAUAAUUAACUCAAGUUACACGGCAAGCCUGACUUCAAUCCUCACAGUGCAACAACUUUCUUCACCUGUUAAAGGCAUUGGAAGUUUAAUAAAUAGCGAAGAGCCUAUUGGCUAUUUGCAGGGUUCUUUUACUCGAACUUAUUUGAUUGAGGAAAUUGGUAUUCAUGAAUCCAGAUUAGUUCCUCUAAAAACACCAGAAGAAACUGCAAAAGCACUGGAAAAAGGUCCCAAAGGAGGUGGUGUUGCUGCAUAUGUUGAUGAGCGUGCUUACAUAGAGCUCUUCCUUUCAAGCCGGUGUGGUUUUACUGUUGUAGGUCAAGAGUUCACCAGAAAUGGUUGGGGAUUUGCCUUUCCACGAGACUCACCAUUAGCAGUUGACCUGUCAACCGCCAUUUUGGAGUUGGCAGAAAAUGGAGAUUUACAAAGGAUCCAUGACAAAUGGCUUUUGAGCAGUGCAUGCCUAUUACAGGGUGCAAAGCUUGAAGUGGACAGACUCAAUCUCAAAAGCUUUUGGGGCCUCUAUCUAGUCUGUGGGUUGGCAUGUUUGCUUGCUCUCAUGAUAUAUCUUAUUCAGACCAUGAGACAGUACAUCAAGCACGGCCCUGAGGAACUUGAGUCUUCAUGCCAAAACUCAGGAUCUUCACGUCUGAGGACUUUCCUUUCGUUUGUAGAUGAAAAAGAAGAGAUAGUUAAGAGCCGCUCCAAGAGAAAGCAAAUGGAGAGGAUAUUAUACAGAAACACAAGUGAGGUUGGAUCAUCCAGCAUCUCCAAUACAGAAUAUUCUCAAUCAUCAUCAAAAAUAAUUGAUUCAACUGUUGAAGUGUAACUAUCUGCCUAUGUAUUUGCUCCACUUAAUUUUGUAGCCCCUUAUGCCAACUACUUCAGCAUCCCUCUUCAACCUUCAUUCUCUAUUGAAAAUGCUGGGUUCCUAGUACAUUUUAUCUUUUCUUUUUUGGUACAUAUUUGUAGGAUAUAUCAAUUUGUGUCUGACUUUAUUCUAAGAACGUUUGGUACAAGGUGGCUUUGCAAUUUUUGUUCCUACUUAUUAUGGUUUAUGUAGAAUACAUAAUCCAAAACGAUAAAUGCAA